CAGUAAGGGAAGGACCCCUAGCUUUCCACCAACGUGCCAGAGAAAUAAGUACUUGUGUGUAUAACGGCUAGCUCAUUGUUUACAAGAAAUCAUGCAUUAUUAUCCCUCGAAUCACUAACUCUGUUGGUUAAUAGGGCCGAUAAAAGGUAUAUCAUCGUGUUGCACUGUCGAAGGCAAGGUGGAGGCGAAUACAGAAAUAUCAGAGGAGGACAGUCUCUAGACGCACUUGGAUGCAGAAGAACUGCAGUGCAAAGAUUUCAUCAUGUAUCACAACAGUUCGCAGAGAAAAUACUGGACAUUUGAAAACGAAGAGACUUUGGAAAAACUGAGAUACCAGGCCAACCAGAAGUGUUGUGCCAAGAUCUUGAGCGGAAAGGCUGGACUGAGUGAAUCCCUCCUUCUGGAUCCCCUUGAGGAGGAUGUUGUGUUCAAGCACUACGAGAAACGGCUUUUGGACUUCUGCGCUGUUUUCAAACCGGCCAUGCCCAAGUCUGUUGUGGGCACGGCGAAUAUGUAUUUUCGAAGAUUUUACGUGAACAAUUCAUUAAUGGAGUAUCAUCCCAGGACCAUCAUGCUGACCUGCACCUACCUGGCCUGUAAGGUGGAUGAGUUCAACGUCUCCAGCUGGCAGUUUGUGGGGAACCUGCAGGAGCCCCCGGCGGGGCAGGAGAGGGCCCUGCAGCAGAUCCUGGAGUACGAGCUGCUCCUCAUCCAGCAGCUCAGCUUCCACCUGGUGGUGCACAACCCCUACAGACCCAUGGAGGGCUUCCUCAUCGACCUGAAGACGCGGUACGUGGCGCUGGAGAACCCGGAGGUUCUGCGGAAAACGGCGGACGACUUCCUGAACCGGGCCACCAUGACGGACGUGGGGCUCCUGUUCUCUCCGUCUCAGAUCGCCCUGACCGCCGUGCUCAACAGCGCCUCACGAGCCGGACUCAACAUGGAGAGCUAUCUGACAGAGUGCAUGGGUCUGAGGGACGACAAGGAAUCGCUCUCCAAGAUGAUUGAUUCCAUGAGACGAAUAAAAAACCAUGUUAAGAAAUACGAGCCUCCGAACCCGGAAGACGUCGGCGCUUGCAAGCAGAAGCUGGAGCGGGUCCAUGCCGAGUUCUUUCCAAACGCAAGCUCCAAGAGGAAGCGAGGGUACGAGGACGAUGACCACGUCACCAAACAGCACCAGGCCGUCGAGGAGGAGUGGACAGAUGAGGACCUGGAGUCUCUCUGAGGGAUGGGCCAAGUGCACGCUCAUUGGCUGCUUCUUGGAGCCUGUCUUCUGGACCCUACAGCACAGGAGCGGCUUGCUUAGACAGUGUAUGAGUAUUUGACCUGUAUCAGUGCCACUUAAACAUGCUUUUGUAAAGCAGAGGAAUGACUGUGUAGUUCACUGUCUGCCGAUUAAUUUUUAUUCUAAAAUUCAGAUAUGCUCCAUUUUUCUUUCAGUGGCAGCAGGGGUUUCGUUCUUAAGUAAAAUUCAUUUUUGUAGCUUUAUUUGUGAAUAUUAAAGAAAUUAAUAAUU